UAACAUGCGUUAAGUUACUUCCGGGUACUUCAACAAAGCAAGCAAGCAGUAAUAUGCAGAAUUGGAUUUAUGAUCUUGAAGUGAUGAAGAUGUUUCAGUUAUCUGACUAAAGAACUGAUUUACACACUAUACAAUGGAAGCACUACUGAAAAAGAGAAGCUUUCAUGGUAGGACCAAAAAUAUCAGCAAUAGAAUUAGAAUCAAUAGAAAAUCUUGAUAUGAAAUCUGACAUGCAUGUAGCUGCAACUGGAAAAAUUUCAAAACAUUCUCAGCAAAUUAGAACACUAGAAAACACAUUGGAUUCUGAACCUUCCAGGCAAACCGAUACACAGACAGAUAGUUAGAUACUAUACCUUCUUAGAAAACAAGUUCAAUCCUGAACAUUCUCAUCAGUUAAGUACACUUGAAAAUUAGUUAAAUCCUGAUUAUUCUCAUGAUUCACAAAUAUCAACAGAAUUGUAAACAGAUUCUGAAAGUAAAUUAUCUUAUAGUAAAUUAGACUAAGAUUCAUAAACAGUCAUGGAUUGCAACAGUGAAAUAAAUGACAUAGCUGAAAAUUCAGCAAAGGAAAUGGCAUACCAUGAAAUAUCUAAAAGUAAUGAAGAAAGGAAUGAUGAAACUCCUGUAUCAAAUGAAAUGGUAGAACAACAUUUGAAUGAAAUGAUGAAAAAAUCACAAGAAAUUUACACAGGUGAAGGUCAAUUUACAAGUAUAAAUAGAACAAAAUUCCCCUUGGAGAAAGACCAAUCCAGUAUAGACAUAACAGAUGAUAGUGCAAUUAAUGCAACAGUGUUACCAUGCCAACAGAAUGUAAUCCUUGUUAAGAUACCAAAUCAAUAUUUAGACUAUAUUUGUCAGUUCUGUAGUAAAGAUUUCUCAAGUAAGAGCAGUCUGAAAGAACAUUUGAUAAUACAUAGUGGAGAACAGCCAUACUCGUGUGAUAUUUGUGGAAAAAAGUUUAACAAGAAGGGGAAUCUUAUGAGACAUCAUAAUACACAUGGCGGUGAGAAGAAACACACAUGUGGUAUAUGUGGGAAAAGUUUUAAUCAUGCUUGUACAUUAAAAGAUCACAUGAAACGCCAUACUGGGGAAAAACCGUAUGAAUGUGAAAUUUGUAAACGACAGUUUUCAGAGAAAUGUAAUCUGAAAAAACACAUGAUACUACAUUCUGGUAUAAAACCCUACUCUUGUGAUUAUUGUGAUAAACCAUUUUUUGAUGCAGGAAAUCUUGCCAAACAUGUACUGAUACACACCGGUCAGCGACCCUAUCAGUGUGAUCUCUGUGGUAAGAAGUUUAGGUACGGAAACACAUUAAAGCGACAUCAGAGAAUCCACACAGGAGAGGCACCAUUUCCCUGUCCAGUGUGUAAUAAAGCUUUUUUUUCUAACGGAGAACUACACAACCAUUCAGUUAUACAUACAGGUGUCAAACGUUUUAAAUGUGAGGUAUGUGGUAAAUGUUUUAGUCGUAAUCAUCACUUACACCAACACAUGAAAAAACACACUGGUGAAAAACCAUAUGGAUGUGACGUGUGUGGUAGUAGAUUCGUUCAGACUUCAGGUUUUCGGAAGCACAUGCGGACAUUUCAUCCAUCAGUACCAACUGAAUGGCAACACCUGCCAGACUCAAAUCGUUCAUCAGAAGAUCUUGUUCCACCCACUUCUAAUAUGCCUAAGAAAGAAACUAAAUUUACUUGUGAAAUUUGUGGUGUUAAAUUUGUGCAUGGUGCAACAUACCGUAAACAUUCCCUUAUCUAUCAUGAGAAAUCUAUACCCCAAACAUGGACAGGCUUACCAAGAUCAAAAAGGGUUAAAAGCAAAGUUAAAACUACAGAAGAUGAUAAACUAACAGAAAGUAUUAAGGAAUUGAUUAAAAAGAAUGAACAAUUUCUGAUAAAAACUGAACCCCAGUAAAUGUACAUUAUAGACAUGUUAGAGAAUACCUUAAAGCUUUAAUUAACAAGCAAUUCAACUUUUCAAAUACAGGAAACAAGAAUAUCAUAAAAAAAAUGUACAAGAUUUAAGUUGUUUUUACUAUCAAGAAUUUACAACACAAAAAAUGAAGGUGCCUAUCAAUCCUUGCAGAUAAGUACCGGUAUAUAUAUUUGUUACAGAAACAAGGGUUAACUGAAAAGAUGGUAUCUAGAGACAACAAUUAUGCAUGAUAAGCUACAAAUGUAUCAUAAUUUUACAACUGUUUCAACUUUCAUGGUAGAAAAAAUAAGAUAUUACUGAAUAGGUUACAUACAAUGUAAUUGUAUGAAUUUUUCAGAUGAAAUAUAAUCAUGAUAAUAGGGAAAUGCAAUAAAAUACAAAAUGCACGUGUAAUUUAGAAAUUAUUUAGUUUCAGAUUAAUGUUUCUAUGUAUGUUUACUACUCAGAUGUAAUUUAAAGUGAAAAAGUCAAUUCAAAGUUAUUUAGACAUAUGUACAUGUACAUAUUAUAUACAUAGUGUUGCCAAUGGUAAUAAGAGUUAAGACUGUUGAGCCAGAUAACUAAUGAAAUGAAAUUCUUUGAUAGCUUAGUUCACAGGCAUUGAUUGUGGAAAUAAAAAUGAUCAUGAUUUUAAUAAUAAAUUGUCAGUGUAAUGUGUAAUUAUCAAUUAAAUUAUUGUGAUUUUC